UUCUCUCUCUGUAUAUGUAACGUGUGGGAUCAGGAAGGCUUUCUGACUAGGCAGCCACAUCUACACAGACCAGGCAGAGUAAUGAGACAUAAUAAAAGUAUGACUCUGUAAAGAUGAAGAGAUAAGAUGGAGGACGACAACGAUGACAACCCAGCAGCUGGAGGAGGAGGAGAGUCUGAAACCAAAUCUGUACCAUCUGCAGCCAAUGAGAAAGCGAUACCUAAACUCACACUUGUGUUAAUUGGUGACAAAAAUUCCAUUGAGAUUGGAUCAAAAAACAUCUUACUUGACCAUGACGGACAAACUAAUGUGGAACAGUUUUCAACCAGACUGUAUGAUUUGUGUGGUCGGAACAUCUCUGUCAUUAACAUGCUUGGUCUACAAAACAUUGAUAAAUUCCCAUUGAAUCAGGGAAUUCAUGCAUUUCUCUUACUGUUACCAAAUGGUCUGCAUACCAGCCAUUACAGUUCAGGAAUGCAGUGGUUAGAAAAAACUUUUGGGAAAGGAUCACUUGCUUAUGUAAUGACAGUUGUGACUCAUAAGUCAGGGGAAGACUCUGAAAGUGCCCUGACAGACCUGAGAGCAAACAGCAGUUUUGUUGAAAAAAGAUUCCACACAUGUACAAGAAGUAUGAUGGAUGAAAUAGAGAUAAUAGAUCUGCUGGAAAAAAUAGACAUCAUGGUCUCUGAAAAUGAUCACCACUGCUACAGUGGAGUGAUGUGUGAUGAAAAAGAAGAGCAGAAACUACACCUUCUAGACCAUGAAGAAGAAACAAUGGAUUCCUCAGUGUUUCAGCCAAACCAAAGAGUAGAGGAGUUGGAGGAGAAUUCAGCUGAAAUCAAGUGUGAUCCAGUGAAUGAACCUGGUGAAGGUGAACACUCAGAGAAGAAUGAUGACAACACAGGAGGAGAGUCUGAAAUCACAUCUUUAUCAUCUGUAAACAAUGAGAAAGGAGAGGCUGAUGAAGUGUCAGGUUCAGGGAACAGAACUCAAGCCCAGACUGGAGUAGGUGGUAAAGAAGCUGUGAGUGUGGGCAGGCAGAAGGAGUGCUGGAUCAGAAGAUGGCUGGGCUGGCUGAUGUGGUGCUGGGCUGUGUUCCUCAGUGGGGCUGCAUACUUGAAGUUCCAGUGUGUGUCGUGGCUAUUGGCUGCAGAGGCUUCCGAAGUAGAGGAGUUGGAGGAGAAUUCAUCUGCAAACAAGUGUGAUCCAGUGAAUGAACCUGGUGAAGGUGAACACUCAGAGAAGAAUGAUGACAACACAGGAGGAAAGUCUGAAAACACAUCUGUAUCAUCUGCAAACAAUGAGAAAGUAGACAAGCUCAAGGAAAGUGCAGCUAAUUCAGUUGUAAAGGGAGCCGCUGGACAAGAUGGCCGCCCCGGACCCCCUGGCACCGUUGGAGCUAGAGGCCUGCCUGGAGUCAUGGGAUUCCCUGGACCCAAGGGAGCUGCUGGUGACGCUGGAAAACCUGGCGAGAGAGGGGUGAUGGGACCCACCGGCCCUGCUGGUGCCCCCGGAAAGGACAGUGACGUUGGUGCUCAAGGCCCCUCUGGACCUGCUGGACCUGCUGGUGAGAGAGGAGAGCAGGGACCUUCCAGAGCUCCUGGAUUCCAGGAACAACCAGGACCCCAGGGUGCUGUUGGUGAGAGUGGCAAGCGCAGAGAGCAGGGUGUGCCUGGGGAGGCUGGAGCCACAGGACCUGCUGGAGCUAGAGGUGCCUGUGGAUCCCCUGGAGCUGCUGGAAACGAUGGUGCUAAGGGAGAUGCUGGAGCCCCCGGAGACAAGGGAGAGACCGAUGCCGACGGACCUGUCGGACCUGCCGGAUCUCGCGGAGCCCCUGUGAGGUGA